AUGGAGAAGGAUGAGAUCAAACCCGACAUUGAGAAAAUCGGGAAAGAAAGUGAAGAUAUCGAACCCUUAGAAAUCGUUCUCUUUCAAGUGCCCGAGUGUUACGUCUACAUAAUACCUCCAAGAAUGAGUGCAGCUUCUUACAGGGCUGAUGAAUGGGAUGUUAACAAAUGGACAUGGGAAGGGAUUUUGAAAGUUGUUAGCAAGGGAGAAGAAUGUAUCAUAAAACUAGAAGAUAAGAACACAGGUGAAUUAUAUGCUCGGGCGUUUUUAAGAAAUGGAGAGCCGCAUCCUGUGGAAGCUGUUAUUGACAGCAGCAGGUAUUUUGUUCUUCGCAUAGAAGAGAACAUAGGUGGUCGCCUUCGGCAUGCUUUUAUAGGCAUCGGAUUCCGAGAAAGAACAGAAGCUUAUGACUUCCAAGCUGCCUUGCAUGAUCAUAUGAAAUACCUGAACAAAAAGAAAACCGCAGAAGAGAUGGAACAACAUUACCAGCAUAGUUCCUCAGUUGAUUACAGUUUGAAAGAAGGAGAGACUCUCGUGCUUCAAAUAAAAAACAAUAGAAGUGGCGGCAAUGUGAAGUCCAAGUUUUUUGAGCUGAGUCAAAACAACUCCUCGGAAGAAAAGAAUGAGAGAAAAGAAUCUGUACCGUGUAUUAAGUUACCGCCACCUCCUCCAUCACCAGGUUCCCCUGCUGUUACACCAGAAAAGUGUCCGACAGACUCACCUACAAAAUUGAGACUUGAGAAACCUGCUGAAAUCGAGAACUCUAAAACCGUUAAAGAAGAAACAGAACAUGAAAAACCUCCUGAAAAUCAAAGCACACAGGAAGUAGUAGACGAUGAUUUUGGUGAUUUUCAAGCAGCUGGUUAA